AUGACUGCUAAAAAGUCUCCUGAAGAACUCAAGAAAAUUUUUGAAAAGUACGCAGCCAAAGAAGGGGAUCCAGACCAGCUGUCAAAGGAUGAGCUGAAGCUCCUGAUUCAGGCCGAGUUCCCCACACUGCUCAAAGGCCCGAGCACCCUAGAUGAGCUCUUUAAAGAACUGGACAAGAAUGGAGAUGGAGAAGUCAGUUUCGACGAAUUCCAAGUGUUAAUAAAGAAGAUAGCCCAGUGA